UUCUUCCGGGUGGGCGGGGGGAGACGCGCGCGUGUGUGUCAUGGAGUCCCUUUGGAGGCUGAAGCGGUUUGAUGCGUUUCCUAAAACUCUGGAGGAUUUUCGGAUCAAGACCUGCGGGGGCGCGCUCGUGACAGUAAUCAGUGGACUCAUCAUGCUAUUGCUGUUCUUCUCCGAGCUUCAGUACUAUCUCACAAAGGAGGUGCACCCAGAAUUAUAUGUUGACAAAUCAAGAGGAGACAAGCUGCGGAUAAACAUAGAUGUUGUCUUUCCUCAUAUGCCAUGUGCUUAUUUGAGCAUUGAUGCAAUGGAUGUGGCUGGAGAGCAGCAGCUAGAUGUUGAACAUAAUCUCUUCAAACAGCGUUUGGAUAAAGAAGGCAAGCAUGUUACUCCAGAGGCAGAGAGACAUGAACUAGGAAAAGAAGAGGAGACAGUAUUUGAUCCAAACUCUUUAGAUCCUGAUCGCUGUGAAAGUUGUUAUGGAGCAGAGUCUGAAGACAUCAAAUGCUGCAAUUCCUGUGAUGAUGUGAGAGAAGCAUAUAGGCGGCGAGGCUGGGCUUUUAAGAACCCAGACACCAUAGAACAAUGCAAGAGAGAAGGAUUUAGCCAGAAAAUGCAGGAGCAGAAAAAUGAGGGCUGCAAAGUAUAUGGAUUCCUAGAGGUCAAUAAAGUAGCUGGCAAUUUUCACUUUGCUCCAGGAAAAAGUUUUCAGCAGUCUCAUGUUCAUGUGCACGCUGUUGAGAUUCAUGAUCUGCAGAGUUUUGGACUUGAUAAUAUAAACAUGACCCAUUUCAUCAGGCACCUUUCAUUUGGGAGGGAUUAUCCUGGCAUUGUGAACCCACUUGAUGGGACAGUUGUCACAGCUCAGCAAGCUUCCAUGAUGUUUCAGUAUUUUGUAAAAGUGGUUCCCACAGUGUAUAUGAAGGUCGAUGGUGAGGUGGUGAGGACAAAUCAAUUUUCAGUAACACGACAUGAAAAAAUAGCUAAUGGGCUAAUUGGAGACCAGGGUCUACCUGGUGUUUUUGUGCUCUAUGAGCUUUCUCCCAUGAUGGUGAAACUAACAGAGAAACACAGGUCCUUGACACACUUUCUCACAGGAGUUUGUGCCAUCAUUGGAGGCGUGUUUACAGUGGCAGGACUCAUUGACUCUCUGAUAUAUUAUUCAGCUCGGGCCAUUCAGAAGAAAAUAGAGCUUGGAAAGACAAUAUAGAUUAAUACCUGCAACUCCCACUGAAUAAUUUAAAGGUUUUUAAAUAAAUAAAUAAAUAAACGUCCCUAAGGUCAAGGGCUGAUCUGGAAGUGCCAAGAGGUAAUGUCUGGAAUUGUGAAGAGACUCUUGAGAAUAAUUCCAGACUUGGCUACAUUCCUUUCUUGGAAUGGGACAAUUGGGGAAUUCAUUUAAAACAUCCAUCUUGUGUGACCAUUAAAACAAUACUGUAUACCUUAGAUUUCAGUGCUCAUCUGAUCUGUUGCCAUAUCCUUCAAAGUCUAGAUUCUAAAACGAAGAGCAGUGACUUCCAGAAUGUGGAACACUUUACAUGUGAAAAAAUAUUUUCUAUUUAUCUUGUAACUUGUACUGUCCUUAAGAUAUGUGUUUGAAACAAAUUCUCAGGAAAAUGUUUUAAUAAAGUCCUUGAAUAUUU